AUGACUAUAGGCAGUAGCGGCAUCAGCUAUCGCCGCAACGACACAGAGCUCAACGAGCCCAUCUGCUGGACGAGGGCUCUCGCCGGUUUCAGCAGCGAACGGCUCCUCCACACCAUACCUGCUCGCCACGAAGACCUGGACUACCUCCUGCGGCCGACCCUCAUCUCGGAGGGGAGCGACCGGGCCAUGCUUAGAGCCUGGCCCGAAGGAGGCACUCGGUCCUGGAGCCGUCACUCGCCGCAGCUCCAUACGCCCGCCACCAGGACGUACCUGCACUGCUGCUACCCGCCGGCCCGUCUCCGUAGCUCUCACCUCGCCGCCCACGCCGACCCGAGCGCUCCCGAUCCGGAUCCUCGCGCUCCGAGACCCAACUGCCAGCUCAUCCUAGAGCCGCCGUGUCGUUGCCGACGCCCGCGGCGUCAACGACACAUCGGAGACCCCCACCGUCGGCUCAUAGAGCACCCGCUCCGCUGCAUCAGGCCCAGCAACCGUAUGUCCCGAGGCAUAGGCGGCUGCGGCCGUCCGUCGCUCUACGCGCGGCCCAACAACUUGCACCGCCUAGCCGGUCGGCGUCCUAUCGGAGCUAUCGCUAGUCGGUACCGCGACCAGGACCUGCUCAGGCUCGUCUUCCCGCCUGCUCUGCCUUCCGCCGUCGUCGCUCUCUACGCUUGCUCCCAGCUGGGCCAGCCAUACUCACUGCGUUUUGCUAUUGACAUCGUGUCAGUCAACACGACGCUUGACCCCGCCCGCGCCAGUCGGAUCUACGACAGUCGAGGCGGCGGCCCUCCGCCUUCGACCCGUGGCUUUGACAAGAUCGGACGAGCAUACGAAAGCGCUCGCGACGUUCCCCCUGCGGCACCCGCUCCCCCCAACCCCGGACAGCUGGAGGUCGUCGAGAGGCCCGUGGAACAGCGUACCAUCAGGCGUCCCAGGCCUCUCUCACUGACACAGGAGCCGGGUCGCGCCUAUCCCGACGACUAUUACAGGGGCUACGAUGAUGAUGGCUAUGAGCCCCGUCGCUACUAUGACGAUAGUGUCACCUCUCGAGGCUUCGGUCUGCGAACAGGCCAACCUGAUGAUGUCGAGGACCGCCGAGGCCGCUAUUGGGAGUCAAAGGACGACCUUGUAAGGGACGAGCCACCCAGGAGAGAUCACUCCAGGAAGAGGAUCGAAGCCCCGGUAAAGGAAGGGCAGAGGCCUCACGACGAGGAAGAACGGGGAUCUGACCGUGAGAGAGACCGCGAGAGAGACCGCGAAAGGGACCGUGACAGGGAUCGCGAAAGGUCAGACCGCGACAGGGAGGAUUGGUACCGAAGCUACAAAGACAACCUCCGUGACAGACUAGACGGCAGGAGGGAAUCAGACCAAGAGGACGGCGACCGACCCCGAGUCCGAGAAAAGGUUGCUGCUGCUGCUACUGCCACGGCCUCUGCUGCUGCUGCUGCGGCUGGUGGUCUCUCACCGAACAGCAAGAAGGACGCGAAGCCAGAGUCAAGCGAGCCACGGAGGCGCCGGGCUUCUGAUGAGGCCAGUGACCGAGAUGACGAUCGAGACCGUCAGGCCGCAAAGGCGGAGGCGGCAGAGGCCAGGGAGCGAGAGCGGAACAGACGGGAAGCCGAGGCCAAGCUGAAUGGCGAAUCGGCGGUUGUGUCCUCGGAUUCUGAUGAGGGAAAGAAGAAGGCAGAGCGCAGGCACCGUCCCUCCACCAGCUUUGACCCCAACGACACUGGAGAUCUCAAGCAGAUUCGAGAGCAGCUUGCAAAGUCAUCUGACAGCGAGAAGCCUGAGACCAAUGGCAAGGACAAGGCGUCGCCGCCGCCCAAGGACAAGGAGGAGCGCCGGUCUGAAUCGCCCUCUGGGGAGGACGACCGCGGGCGGGACUUGGUUCUCCGGAACCCAGAAGAAAAACAAGUCCGUGUUGUGUCGCCGCCGCGCGAAAAGAAGGAGGAGAAGCCUCUCAAGGGCAUCCUCAAACAACCAAGCGCCAAGUUCCCCGAGGAGCUCAAUCCCAUCCGUGAGGGCGUCGCGCCGCACAAGGAGGAUAAGAAGUUGAAGGAAGUCCCUCCAGGCGCUCGGUGGACCAAGAUCAACCGCAAGAUUGUCAACCCGGAGGCGCUGGAGAUUGGCAAGGAGAGAUAUGAGCUCCGUGAUGACUUUGUCAUUGUGCUUCGAGUCUUGAGCAAGGAAGAGAUUCAGGCCUAUGCUGCUGCCACGCAGAGGCGACGCAACAAGGAGGCUGGCGUCGAGCACGACAGCGAUCGAGACCGGGAGCGAGACCGAGACGGCCACGCUCGAGACUACGAUCGCGACUACGAUGACCGAUCCUACGAUGGGGACUACGGCCGCGAAUAUGACCGCGAAUAUGAUCGUGACUACGACCGGGAGUACGAUGACGACCGGGACCGGCGAGCAAGUCAUCGCCACCGCCGUCAUCGAGACGAUGCGGACCUGGUCGACCCCCGUGACCAAGACCGUGACCGUGACCGCGACCGCGAUCGAGAGAGGCGACGCCGGCACAGGCGCGACGACGAUGAUGAUUACGAGUCCAGGUCCAGGGAGGUGGACCACCAUCAUCAUCACCAUCGAUCCCACCGAGAGAUUUAG